GAGGGCAAAAUAAACUCAUUUGAAACUACAUGAAAAUUCCUAGGACUACUUGAGAAGCGACUUAGUAUUUAGCAUAAAGGAUUGGGAGCCCAUUGUCAAGUACUUCAUUGAUUUUCCAUUGCUAUUAGGUGACAAGAAGUGUUGAUAAUGCGCAUGGUCAAGUCAGUCCGCAGGAAGAGAAGACUAUCGAUGCUUUGAUAAAAGCAAGGUCAACCUUUUCAUAACUCGAGACUUAGGCGUAGGAGGUGGCCCUUGGGACACGAUGAGGGAGUUUGAUGAUAACAUCCCCGAUCAAGCCUUUGUCAAUUUUAAGGUUCCCACUAGUUUGUCCGUUUGAAUAUUGACAAUACAGCAAGUGUCCAUGUCUGCAUUUUGCUGAAAUUCAGUAGUUUAGGUAAAAAAUUAACUCUUAUACCACAAGUAUUUUGGACCAAGACUUUAACCUCCAGUUACUAAAACAAAUAUGUUUUUUUUUUUUUGUUUCUUUAACAGUUGAGGGAUGGGGAAUGCUUCAAUAAGGGUCCCUCUCCCCCCACCUCGUUACAGUGCAGCUUCUACCUGCAAUAGCUCAAAACUAUACAACUUAAGCACUUUUCAGCAAAGUACCCCUCCCUGCCCUGGAUACAGCAAUUAAGACUGCUCCAUCUUCAAGUUUUGAUCAGGGGUCGGACAUGCACAAUUAAACUGGCGGGCGUCCAGCGGUGUAUGAAGACUUGCCUUCUUAAUCUCUAUUGCCACCCCGCCCCAACCUUAGCUGAGGGGAAAAGUCUGACAUAUCUGGUUUGGGUACAUUUUUCUGUGUUGCGUAGUCUAUGGGUCGCUUAAGAAAGAAGUUCGGUGGGAAUACUGCUGGAGCCUCCUCAGAACCAUUAUCAUCUCAAAAUAGAACUCCAAAAUCAUUGAAGGCCAAGCCUAAAAUUUCAAGAAACACUCUGAACAAAGAGACUCCUCAGACUCGAGAGAAGAAAAAGAAAAAGAGUGUCUUGGGGAGCAGAAAACCAAGUGUCAAUAACGAGGAAGAGGAUGAUAACAGUCGAAGUGUGAUACAAAAGAGUACAACUGGUGGGCAGCGUAAUAAAACGAACCAAGACAAGGGAGCUGGGUUGGAGAAUGAAGAAAAUCAUGAACAGGGUGAAAAGAAGAAGGAGAAGCUUGGCGAUAUUGAAAAGAAGCAACAAUUUGCUAAGAACAAAGAAAAGUGGUUCAAGCCGAUCGAAGAUGGUCAAAUGAAGGAAGAAAAGCAUGGUCCAUUGGAAACUCGACAGAUUGAAAAGCAGAAAGAGAAGCUUGAUGGUUUGCAAAAGAAGCAACAUUUUGAUCAGAAGAAAGAAAGGUGGUUCAAGAAGACCGAAAACGUUCAAAUGAAUGAAGAAAAGCAUGGUCAGUUGCAAAGCCAACAGAAUGAAAAGCAGAAAGAGAAGCUCGAUGAUUUGCAAAAGAAGCCACAUUUUGAUAAGAAGAAAGAAAAGUGGCUCAAGAAGACCGAACAUGGCCAAAUGAAUGAAGAAAAGCAUGGUCAGUUGGUAAGCCAACAGAACGGAAACAAUAAAAAGAAGCUUGGUGGUUUGAUUUGCAUGUGUAAUGCAAAGACAAAACCGGACUGUUUCCGUUAUAGCCUUAUGGGUUUACCAAUCGGUAACAAAGAGGUAGUGCUGGGCAUCAAGCCAGGGCUCAAGCUUUUCCUCUAUGAUUUUGAUCUCAAGCUUUUGUACGGGAUCUAUACAGCAUCCUCUAAUGGUGGCUUGAAACUGGAGCCAGCAGCAUUUGGUGGGGGAUUCCCUGCUCAGGUGCGCUUCAGUGUUUACCAAGAUUGUUUUCCCCUCCCGGAGAGUGUCUUCAAAAGGGCUAUCAAGGAAAACUACGACAAAAAGAACCGGUUUAAUACGGAACUUACAGACGUACAAGUUGAGAAGCUCACAGAACUUUUUAGGCCUGCUGAAGUGCAUUUACAUGCACCACCCUUGGGCCCCACCACAAUGACAGCAGUUCAAGAUUCAAAUCUUCGUACCUACGAUGAAGGUAGGAGGUACAGUGGUCAGCAUCUUAUGUACGGAAGUGUUCCUUCAAUGGAGAGAGAAGAUAUCUCUCAAAAUCAUUUUCCUAGUGAAAAUGAAUAUCGAACUUACGGUCUUCGUGGGGAACGACUGAAGUUCACUCCACCUAGUAGUCAAAUUGCUCCUCCUUUGGAACCUCACUUGGAUCCUGUAAGACAGCACCUUCUGAUGCACCCAGGUUAUCAAUAUACAGAUGCUGCCCCUGCACAAGUACAGCUAACCACUCGUCAUGAUGCGCAUAUAGCGUCCGAAAACCAGACUUACGGUCUUUUUCCAGGACAGGAACUGCGGUCUUCAACUUCCCUUGCAGCGACAACUUCGGCAUCUAUUGUAGACCCUUACUCAAAGAUUGCUUAUACUUACCCGCAUGGUGGUUCAUAUUUGGACUUGUAUCGGCCACCUUCGGGGGGAGAGGAGGUACCUUUAUUAGGAUCUCAUUCUUUCACUGGAAGGGUAGAAUCUUACCUGACUGAGUCUACUCACUUGAGAAGGCCAGAAAAUGUUGAUACUGCAACGUUGUACUCAACCUAUGCUUCCAAUGCGUUAUCCGAGUAUAACCAAAUUACUAAACAUCAGGUAGUUGGGCCUCAAUCUUCACUUGCACCAGUUUCGUCUCGCUACUCAUUUGCAGGUCCAUCUUUGUCGCAUCGCUGACCUGUCUGUUUGUGCACUAGUUUUCUAUAUUUUUCUUUUUAUGGUUGACACAGCUUGAUGGCCAAGGAGCUUUAUCAUGUACCUUUAAUUUAAGUUACCUUUGAAUGAUGUACGAUUAAUGGAAGUAGCUUUAUCAGUUAAUCCGAGUUGGACUCUUAGAUCAA